AUGUACCAUUUACUCAAAGGCUUUUACGAUUACUUCACCAGCAAGGAGGAAUUCUCUGUGAUCAUCUUGGGCCUUGAUGGCGCCGGCAAGACGACAUUGUUAGAGAAGAUUAAGACGCUAUACAAUGAUACCCCUGGCCUUCCUCCAGACAAGAUAGGACCCACUGUCGGUCAGAAUAUGGGCAAGAUAACUCUGCCAUCCACAAUCCUUCAAUUCUGGGACUUGGGUGGUCAACGUGGUAUCCGGUCCAUCUGGCACAGAUACUACGAUGACUGUCACGCUGUGGCCUUCGUCAUAGAUGCCCAAGACCGCGACAGACUGGCCGAGGGGUGGGAAGUAUUCGAUAGCGUGCUUUCAUCACCGAAGAUUCUAGAUGUACCCCUCCUUCUGCUUGCCAAUAAGCAAGAUAGCCCUCAAAGCCUGUCUGUUGAGGAGAUCCGGAACGACUAUGAGGAAUGGUACCGGGGAAAGCAAGAUGCCGCACGACGACGAUACGGCGACGAAGUCGAGUUGGAACAACGCAGAGAUCGCAUGGCAAGUCUGGACGUGAUGGGCAUAUCUGCUCUAGAAGGGACCGGCGUGCGCGCGGCCGUGGAUUGGCUAUUCAUCAGGGUACAGAAUAGCAGACGGCGGUAUAACGAUGGCAGAUGA